AUCAGCAACAGUUUUCAGGAAAGAUUGUCUGAUAAUGAGACUUUGAGAAACAUUUCCAAAGCUGCUCUUCUUGUUUUCAAUCAAAACUCUAGGUUUUACAAUAGGUUUCAUUCAAGUUUUGAUCAGAAAGAAUUCUUAGAAAACCAUUUCCAGCUUGUUGAAUAUCAUAAUUUCUACAAAUAUCUUGGGGAUCAGGAAAAAGAGCUGUUCUUGAUUGACUAUGCCUGGGCAGGGAGGAUAUGGACAGGAUGAGGAAAACCUCUUGAAUAAAAGUACCAUCUUGAUCUUGGAAUGUGUCAAAAACACAUUUGGAUCAAAUUAUAUGGAAAUACUUGAAUUGAGAGAGGAAGUAAAGAAAAAGCUGGAAUAUGUCAGUGCACUUCAAAGAUUGGUAAUGUGGAUGGGUAAAGAAGACUCUUAUCCCCACCCAAUACCUCUUCUUGAGGAGCCGCAAACUAUACAUUUCUCCUCUCCUAAGUAUGGGGAUGAUCAUUCACAAAUCUGGGAUUCAGAUGGCUCCCAUGGAAGUGGUUUUUACAAUAGUGAUAGUUGAAAAAAUAGUAAAUUUUUGUUCUUCUUUGUAACUGCUCUUUCCUGUGCUUCACAUAUCACAAGUUUAUAUCAUGUGAAUUUUGUUUGGUCUGUGGUUUUA